CCCUUGUUGUGUGUGUCGGUGCCUCCUCGCCAUCUUGUUGCAAAGCCUUUUCUUGUCGGCGGGACUCCUGGGGGCCGCGGGGCGGGAGGCAUUGGAAGGGAGGAAGAGUGGGAGGGGAAGGAGUGAGGCAGUGCCGCCUUAUUUUUUUUGCAUCAAUAUAUUUAAAUUUGCAAAUUACAUUUUGCAAAUAUUUGGGGAGACAUUGGUUUUUCUCCCUGUGCUUCCCCGUUCUUCCCUGCGGAGUGCGCUGCGCCGCCCAGCCCUGUCGCCCCCCGGAGGUGAUCCCUCCCUCCUGCCUGCCCGCCAGCCUGACCUGUGCUCGACUCGCGGGCCGCAGUCUCGGCCCCGGCGCGCCCCCGGCAGCUCUCGGCGCGAUGAGCAUAGAGACGCUACUGGAGGCGGCCCGCUUCCUGGAAUGGCAAGCGCAGCAACAACAGAGAGCACGUGAGGAACAGGAGCGGCUUCGCUUGGAGCGGGAGCUGGAGCAGGAGCAGAAGAAGGCCAGCAGCCUGGCUAGGCUGGCUCAUGCCCUGCCUGUGGAGGAAACCCGCAUCGAGGCACCACCCCUGCCUCUGUCGCCCCCAGCACCCCCUCCAGCACCUCCACCACCACUGGCCACUCCCACCCCACUGACUGUCAUUCCUAUUCCAGUAGUGACCAACUCCCCUCAGCCUCUGCCCCCACCCCCACCACUCCCCCCCACAGCCCAGCCUCUGCCUUUGGCGCCUCGCCAGCCAGCCCUGGUUAGCAACCCCGGACUCAGCAUUAAGGAGUCUGCCCCCCUUCCCACCAGGCCACAGGUGCCCACUCCUGCUCCCCUACUGCAGGACUCCAAGACCACCGUUCCGCCCACUGGCAGCCCCAAGCCUUUGCAGCCCCUCCCCACACCCAUCCUGACCAUAGCACCACACCCCGGAGUCCAGCCGCAGCUGGCCCCCCAGCAGCCACCCCAACCCACUCUGGGGACCCUGAAGCUGGCACCAGCUGAAGAAGUCAAAUCCAGCGAACAGAAGAAGAGGCCUGGGGGGAUCGGAACCAGAGAAGUCCACAACAAAUUGGAGAAGAACAGGAGGGCCCAUCUGAAAGAAUGCUUUGAGACCCUGAAACGCAACAUCCCCAACGUGGACGACAAGAAGACGUCGAAUCUGAGCGUUUUGCGGACUGCCCUGCGGUACAUCCAGUCCCUGAAGAGGAAGGAGAAGGAAUACGAGCAUGAGAUGGAGCGGCUGGCCCGGGAGAAGAUAGCCAUGCAGCAGCGGCUGGCGGAGCUCAAGCAUGAGCUGAGCCAGUGGAUGGACGUGCUGGAGAUCGACCGCGUGCUCCGGCAGACGGGCCAGCCCGAGGACGACCAGGCCUCCACCUCCACCGCUUCCGAGGGUGAGGACAACAUAGACGAGGAUAUGGAGGAGGACCAGGCCGGCCUGGGCCCGCCUAAGCUGAGCCAUCGCCCCCACCCGGAGCUGCCGAAGCCACCGCCCAGCACGGCCCCCACGCCUCUGCCUUCCCACUCACACCCCCACUCCCAGCCUGUGGCCCUGUCUCCUGCCCACCUCCCUGGGCAGCAGCCGCCGCCACAGCAGAAGACACCUCUGCCGGCCCCUCCUCCCCCACCAGCUGCCCCAGCCCAGACGCUGGUGCCCGCUCCAGCCCAUCUGGUGGCCGCGGCUGGGGGAGGCUCCACGGUCAUCGCCCAUACCGCCACCACCCACGCCUCAGUCAUCCAGACUGUGAACCAUGUUCUGCAGGGGCCGGGUGGCAAGCACAUCGCCCACAUUGCCCCCUCGGCCCCCAGCCCCGCUGUGCAGCUGGCACCCGCCACACCCCCCAUUGGCCACAUCACCGUGCACCCUGCCACCCUGAACCACGUGGCCCACCUUGGCUCCCAGCUCCCCUUGUACCCGCAGCCCGUGGCGGUGAGCCAGCCUGUGGCGGUGAGCCACAUCGCCCACACCCUCUCACACCAGCAAGUGAAUGGCACGGCCGGGCUGGGGCCCCCGGCCACUGUCAUGGCUAAGCCAGCCGUGGGGGCUCAGGUGGUGCACCACCCCCAGCUGGUGGGACAGACCGUGCUCAACCCUGUGACCAUGGUCACCAUGCCCUCCUUCCCGGUCAGCACGCUCAAGCUGGCUUGAGGAUGAGGCCACUUAGAGGCCCCCAGUGGGGGCAGGGAGGGAGACCAGCUCCCCACUCUCCCACCCACCAGCUCCACACAUUCCAGCCAGGCCCAGGCCCGCCCCACCCAUAGCCACCCCAGGCCUCCUAGGGGAAGGGGGUGCAGAGACUCUGAGCCAAGGGAGGGAGGGCCCCCCCCACCCGGGGCGGGGGGGAGCUGGGCACAGGGCAGGGGUGACCCCGCUGCACUAGGACUUGACAGAGUGAUGAGAGCCGCUCUGGUGAACGUGCCGCCUGUCUGGCCUGGUGCCAGCUCCAGUGCGUUCCUGCCUCCCACCCGUCCCCUGAACCCGGUGCGAUGUGGACGUCGUGUUCUCCCGCUUCCCCUGCCUUGCCGCCUUCCUGUGCUGCUGCUGCUGCUAUUGCUCUGUCUGGUGAGGUGGCUGAGGGCCUGGGCCCUCCCCUCCCGAGCCUCAGCCUUCUUUUCCCAGGCUUCUGGAGGGAAAUGGGGGGAAGCAGAACUGAAGCAACUUGGCUGGAAAGCCAGGGACUAAGAGGGCCCCUGCUCUGAGAACAGGUGACAAAUCCUAGGAUAUGGCUUGUGUGGGUGCCCCAGCCUGGGGUUCUCCAUCCUAGGUGCCGUCACCGUGACUCAUUACGACAAACUAGUUAAGAGGAUUCUGUGUCAACAGUAAGCCCUUGCCAAGCUUCCUGUUCCCCCCAGCCCGCCCUUGCUGCUGGGCUCCUGAUUUCAGGAGGGCGGGGUGGGGAAGGAGGAGGGGCCUGGCUGUCUCCCCGUGCCCCCCACCCCCCACGACCUCCAGCGGGGGAGUCUGGACUGAGAGGAGGGUGCUCCGGACCCUGUCCCCAUCCCUGGACUUGCUUCUUGGCUUCCAGAAGGUAGAGAGGAGGCCUGGCCUCUGCUCAGUGCUGUGCGCUCCCUGGAGGGCUGAGUACACCUGGAUGCCUCCUGCUGCUGGGAGGCGACCCGCGUCUGGUCUGGGUUCCAGGAACCUGAAGCCCCCCCCUGUUGAGGUAAUCAGGAUGGUAAAAUCAGUGGGGGGCUUGGCCCUGGGGGCCUGUGGGGAGGGAGCAGGGCCAGACCUGGAGGAACUGCUGCUUCUGCCCCGGCUUGUCCGACUCCAGCACCUUUUCCCCAAACACCCUCCCUCCUUUGUCCAGUGGACUGUGCUGUGCUGAGUGUGCUCUCCCUGGUGGAGGCUGCUCCGUGCCACCGCCUUCCUGUGAAGAAGGUCCUUAGCUGGGCCCGGGGCAGGGCUGAGCUUGGAGUGGGGAGGAGCGAGGGGCCCUGUGUGUAGGGGAUGCUGCUUUUCCUGCUUCUGCCUCGGCACACGGCUUUGGCUUCUCUUUUUAUGUGGGUAUUUAUUACAAGUGGCCUUGUGUCAGUCAGACUCAAUCACACACGUGCACACUCGGCUCCCCACCUGGGCACACACUCACCGACAGCCUUUCAGAGUGUGUGUGGAGAGGGAGGCCAGUGUUCCUACCUGUGAAGUUUGCAUGGACUGGCUGGGGGCUGGGGGCGGGAGGGGUCCUGUGGGACACGGAGGCAGCUGGCGAAGGUCUUGAAUAGAGGAGCCGCCUACGAACUCCCUUUCAGUUCCUGCUUGGUCCUGGGGACUGUUCUCUUGUUUCCCCAUGUGGGGAAAGGGAAGGCCAAUGGACACCUUCAUGGUUUCUAGGAGGGGGUCCUGUACGCCCCCCGCGGUGCAGUUCUCACCUCACAAGCUUGCCACCUUCCUGCGCUGCAGCCACCGCCACUACCGCCCCGUCGUGGGGCAGGCUGGUUUCCCUCUUGCCAGUGUGGUUAUGUUAUGUUGGAAAGAGCAGAGGGAGACAGGGCAGGCUUGGCCCCCGGAACAAAGAAGCACUGGCAAGCCCACCCUCCUCUCGGCUCUGCUCACCUUGCGACCUGAGUCCGUUCCAGAGUUGAAACUGUCCUGUUAGCCAGUCACCCCUCGGGCCUGCACAGAUACCUCAUCCGCCCGCUGCCCCUGCCCCUCCCCGCCCCCACUGCAGCAGUGGGGACCUCAGAAUCUAGUGCCGAAUGACUAUGUCCAGAUUGGUGACAAAGGGUGUUGUUGCUGUUGUUUUUGUUGUCAUUUGUGAACGCUGUGAUGCUGUGUGCCCGAGAGGGCAGCCCGCCCAGCCCUUCCUUGGGCAUCUCCCCUCUGAGAGCUGUCAGGACCACAUCUGUCCUCGCCCUGUGGGACCGCCUGCCCCUCCCCUCCCUAGCCCUUCCAGCCUGGGGGACGUGCGUGUGCGCACACACAGACACACACACACACACACAUCUUACCUCUCAUGCGUGUUUUACUUUUGGAUGUUCAGAGUGGCUCACUGGCUGGGAGUCUUUACCUCGGGGAGAGGGGGAGGUUGGUUCCUUGGGGGGCCAAAGAAGGGCAGGGGAUUCCUGAAGGGGAAUUAGGGGGUCACCAUACCCCCUGCUCUCUCCAGGAACAGCUGCUUCUCCCCCCAUCCCAGGGUCCCACCCCCGCUCCCCCAAAGAGGUGGCCCUUGUUUACAGUGAGGACUCGGUCACUGUGUCUCCGUUUCCUGAAAUAUAAAUCGUAGUGACCCCAGACUGUAGAGAUUUUUAUGUGUUUGGAUACAUCUGCUGUGUGGGAAAAAAAAAAAACAAAACUACAAAAACCCUAAUUUUGUACAUAUUGUAUUUUUACUAUUGAACUGUAUUCUAGUGGCUGUUCAUGCUCCAAGACUUUAGGUAUUGAGACAUGAAUACUCUCCAUGUAAUAAGCACUUGCCUGGAAUAAAAUAUAAAAUUGAAAUAAACCUGCACUGAAACCCGA